ACAAUAGACAGCACGUGUACGGGGAAUUGAAUUGAAUUUUGCUUCGCUGUUUAUUCCCACAAAAUGGAUGUUGUUAAAGAAGUAUUAGCAAAACACCAAAAGGAGUUGGACAAAUACAAGCCGAUAACAGUUGAAAAGCAUCUAGAAUGUCGACUGGACGUGGGAACCAUGUUGAUCACAGAUCCCAAUGAUUUCGAUGACCUGGAAUUAAAGAACAACAAGGAGCAGUACCUGACCGCACUGACACGGGAGAAUACCCAACUCCUUAUUAAUGAAAUUUGGAAACUACCCACCGAACGAGUGGACGAGAGCAUUGUGGCCAAGCUUCCGGAACCUACAACCGUACUACCCCGCCUCCGUAAACCUCCAGGUCCCCGCCCGCUUACCAAAUGGGAGAAGUUCGCCAAGGAGAAGGGCAUCAGCAAGAAGAAGAAGGAUAAGAAGACCUAUGAUGAGACCAUGGAUAAAUGGGUACCUACAUAUGGCUUCAAGCGCGCCGAGGCCGAGAAGGCCAAGGAUUGGGUUCUGGAAGUGCCACAGAAUGUCGAUCCCAAUACGGAUAUGUUCCAGAAAAAGAUUGAUCUGCGCAACGAGAAGGUGGCCAAGAAUGAGAUUCAGCGCAUGAAAAACAUUGUGCGCGCCAAGAAGAUCGAUAUGCCGCGCAGCGGUUACCUGGGACCUGAGGCUGCUUCCUCCAGCCAGCUAUUAACCGCAGUCACCGUGGCGAAAUCCUCCACAGCUUCUGUCGGUAAAUUCCAAAACAAACUACCCAAGGAGAAGGAGGCACGAGGUCUGGGCAUCAAGGAAUUGAUCCCUGGUGGCAAACGAAAGCAAUCGCAUAUUUCACAAACGCCCGAGAAGGAGGCCAAUCUGGAUCUCAUCAAGAGCGUACUAAACAAGAAACCUAAGUUGGAUGUCAGCAAGGCGAUAUCAAUGGAAAAGCGCGAUAACCGCUUGGCACGCGAGGCAGAGGGUGAAAAUGAAGGCAAAAAGGGUAACAAGAAGCCCAAGGGUAAGGGCAGUCGCAAGGCGGUGGGCAAGAAGUCGAAGGGCAAUCGUGGCCAGAGAGCUCCGGGCAAGAAGGCGCAGGCCGGGCGCAAACGUCGCUAGGAAUAUUUACAAUUGCCUUAGGACAUUUUUUAAUUAACAAAAAAACACUUUACACUUAUGCUUAAUAAAUCUUAUACAUAAGACAA